GCCAUCAUCACCGACGCCAUAUCCGACACCGACACAGCCAUCGCUAUCUUCAUCGCCAUUGCUGCUGCCGUCGCUACCGCCCGCCACCACACCUCCCUGAGAUACCUGUCGACGCCAUGGGAGCAACAUCCGAUCUGAGCGCUGCUCUGCUGCAGACCUGCACUGAUAUCGUCAAUGAGCUCAUUGCUGCCCACAAGGCAGGCAAGGACGUCAAUCUGAACGGCCUCAAGGCCAAAGUGGCCCGCAAAUACCGGCUCGAGUCCCAGCCCAAGCUCGUGGACAUCAUUGCGGCCAUUCCAGAGCAGUACAAGGCAGCGCUGCUCCCAAAGCUCCGGGCCAAGCCUGUGCGGACGGCCUCGGGUAUUGCCGUCGUUGCCGUCAUGUGCAAGCCCCAUCGAUGUCCGCAUAUCGCCAUGACGGGCAAUAUUUGCGUCUACUGUCCUGGUGGACCAGACUCGGACUUUGAGUAUUCGACGCAGUCCUACACGGGAUACGAGCCCACUUCGAUGCGAGCGAUUCGCGCGCGUUACGACCCGUUCGAGCAGGCCAAGGGCCGGAUGGACCAGCUCAAGCAGCUGGGACACAGCGUCGACAAGGUCGAGUAUAUCAUCAUGGGCGGAACGUUCAUGUCGCUCAGCGAAGAAUACCGCAACUGGUUUAUUGCAAACCUGCACGAUGCCCUCUCGGGCCACACCAGCCGCGACGUCGACGAGGCCGUCAAAUACUCUGAGCAGAGUGAGACAAAGUGCAUCGGCAUCACCAUCGAGACUCGGCCGGACUAUUGUCUGAAGCCGCAUCUGAGUCAAAUGCUUCGAUAUGGCUGCACGCGGCUCGAAGUCGGCGUCCAAAGUGUCUACGAAGACGUGGCCCGAGAUACCAACCGCGGUCACACCGUCAAGGCUGUCUGUGAGUCCUUCCAGCUCGCUAAGGACGCUGGAUACAAAGUCGUGGCCCACAUGAUGCCAGACCUGCCGAAUGUUGGCAUGGAACGAGACAUUGAGCAAUUCAAGGAAUAUUUCGAAAAUCCUGCUUUCCGGUCGGACGGACUCAAGCUCUAUCCCACGCUGGUUAUCCGCGGCACUGGCUUGUAUGAGCUGUGGAGAACAGGCCGAUACAAGAGCUAUGCACCUGAAGCCUUGGUCGACCUCGUGGCGCGCAUUCUUGCGCUGGUUCCUCCCUGGACACGAGUCUAUCGAGUGCAGCGCGAUAUCCCAAUGCCUCUGGUUACGAGUGGAAUCGAGCACGGCAAUCUUCGCGAGCUGGCUCUGCAGCGGAUGAAGGAUCUUGGCACCGAUUGCCGCGAUGUCCGCACCCGCGAGGUGGGCAUCCAAGACAUCCACAACAAAGUCAAGCCCGAUCAGGUCGAGCUGAUCCGUCGCGACUACGUGGCCAACGGAGGUUGGGAGACGUUCCUGUCAUACGAGGAUCCACACCAGGACAUCCUGAUCGGGCUGCUCCGGCUGCGAAAGUGCAGCGAGGCUGUGUUCCGGCCAGAGUUCAAGGAGGGAGCAAACGGCGGCCAGUGCUCUGUCGUGCGCGAGCUGCAUGUCUAUGGAUCGGUUGUGCCGAUCCACAACCGCGACCCGACCAAAUUCCAGCAUCAAGGUUUUGGAACGCUGCUGAUGGAAGAGGCCGAGCGGAUCGCGCGCGAGGAGCACGGCAGCGUCAAGAUCUCUGUGAUUUCAGGCGUCGGCACUAGACAUUACUACAGGAAGCUUGGCUACGAACUGGAUGGGCCGUACAUGUCCAAGAUGCUUGUGUGAGCCGGCCGGACGCCAUGCGCCAUCGCCCACGCUGCCCCUGCCGGAGCGGGCGGGCGGCCAACAGAGAUCUCUCCCCAAAUCGCCGCUUGCCCAGUGGCGCAACACAUUGAGGAUCAGAUGUGCCGAAGCGAGGCCGCAACGACGACGGCGACGACGAGAGACGGAC